AUGGGGAAGAAGCUAAUUUCUCUCCUCACUCUCAUUAUUCUUUCGAUCACUGUGACCUAUGCAGCUUCGAUCCACCAAGUCGCUAGACUCAGGGUUCCAAGAAAUGCAAAAGUUUUCGCAAGUCACACCUCAAGUGAGAGCGGCUGGGAUCCAACAAUAUGGGACAAUGAACAAUUAGAAGAAAUGAGCAACAUACACGAUGUUGAUGUUGGGGAAAAGGAACAUGAUCGCAUAACUUAUAAUGGUCAUGGGCUUCCUGGGCAGCCAAAACCAGCAUCAUUCGAGCAAUACGCUGGAUAUGUUAAAAUUGAUAAAUCAAAAGGACGACACCUAUUUUAUUAUUUUGCUGAGGCGGAUCAUUUACGUGAUACAAAACCACUUGUUUUAUGGUUCAAUGGAGGUCCUGGUUGUUCAUCAUUUGGGUAUGGUGCCUUGCAAGAACUUGGACCAUUUGGAGUUAACCCAGAUGGGAAAACUCUCUUCUCAAGGCCCUAUUCAUGGAACAAAGCUGCAAACAUGUUGUUUCUCGAAUCUCCAACGAGCGUAGGAUUUUCUUAUUCCAACGAUACAUCAGAUUACGAUAAUUUGGGAGAUCAAAAUACAGCUCGAGAUACAUACAAAUUUCUAUUAAAAUGGUUGAAAAGGUUUCCUGAGUACAAGAAUCGAGAUUUUUAUUUGGUCGGAGAAAGCUAUGCAGGAAUCUAUAUCCCACAAUUGGCAGAUUUAAUUCUACACGAGAAUUAUAAAGCUGGCAAACCGAUCAUCAAACUCAAGGGAAUUAUGAUGGGCAAUCCAGAUAUAAAUGAUUUCACAGACCAAAAAGGCACAUAUGAUUAUGUUUGGUCUCACGGUCUUCUUUCAGACGAAACACAUAAGUUGAUCAUGAAAAACUGCUUUGAGAAUUCUUCGAAUUUGAAUUCCUCGGAAUGUAGCGAUAUCAAGACUAAAGGAGACGAUGAAGGUGGGGAUAUUGAUCCUUAUGCCAUUUAUGCUCCAUUAUGUCGUAUUCCAGAAAAUGCAACAUUGCCCGUGUCACCACCAACACCGAAACAAGGAGGUUAUGAUCCAUGCGUCAAUAAAUACGCUCUUUCGUAUCUUAAUCUUCCUCAUGUACAAAAAGCUCUCCAUGUCAAGCCAACUAAAUGGGAUUUGUGCAGUUCUUAUAGCAAAAAUUGGAAAGAUUAUACAAGAACAAUGCUUCAAGUAUACCCUAGGCUCAUUAAUUCCAAAAUUAAAAUACACAUUUACAGUGGAGAUACAGAUUCAAUAGUUUCUGUGACGUCCACACGUUACUCUCUCGCUGCACUCAAUCUCAAAGUGGUUCAGCCGUGGCAACCGUGGAUGGACUAUAAGAACAAAGAUGUUGGUGGCUAUAAGGUGGUCUAUGAAGGUCUCACAUUUAAGACAAUUCGAGACGCUGGACAUCAAGUGCCGCAAUUUCAAGCUGGCCGUGCCUUUUUUGUAUUCACCGAGUUUUUAGGACAUUAGAUGGGUGUGUUGGGAACUUGAUUAAUAAACCAAUUAUAUAUCAAUUAUUAU